AAAGAUUCCUUGGACUCGGCGGUGUUAAAUCUCUCUGCCACAUGCUCCUGAGCGCAGGUUGUUUGUAAAGGUCAAUCUCUGUGAGUUUACUGUGGCUGCAGCAUCAUUUCUCAGCUGUUCUUGGCCCAGCCUUCAAGACACAUAAUCCAGGAGAGGAAAAAGAAGAUUUGCCACAUUGAUUACAUUUUUAAAAACCAACCUUCAGUGGCUCAGGAGAAAAACGUAUGCGAAUCCUAAAAUGACUCUCUUCCAUGCACACUUAUAUUUGGCUGGCUCCAUCUUCUGGAUGAUACAGAAAUCCAACUCCUUCUUGCUGCCCAAUGCUACUGAACUCCUUUAUCCAUCCAGCAGCCCUGAGGCAGGCUUGACAUCUGGCCUUGGAAUACCCAGGACUCGCAGGAAGCGCUAUAUUUCCGCCAGGGACAUGAAUGCACUUUUGGACUACCACAAUCAAGUGCGGGCUCAGGUGUCUCCACCUGCCGCCAACAUGGAGUAUAUGGUGUGGGAUGAAAGACUUGCCAGAUCUGCCGAAGCAUGGGCAAAACAGUGUAUAUGGGAGCAUGGACCUCCACAAUUGAUGAAAUACAUUGGUCAAAACCUUGCCAUCCACUCUGGCAGGUAUAAUUCAGUUGUGGACCUUGUGAAAUCCUGGUAUUAUGAAAAGCAGCACUACGCCUUUCCUUAUCCCUAUGAAUGCAAGCCCAGCUGCCCUUCCAAAUGCAGUGGCUCUGUCUGCAGCCAUUACACCCAGAUGGUGUGGGCUUCUAGCAACAGAAUUGGCUGUGCCAUCCACACCUGCAACAACAUGAAUGUGUGGGGCAGCACAUGGCGGAGAGCAGUCUACUUAGUGUGCAACUAUGCUGUCAAGGGAAACUGGGUAGGAGAAGCCCCUUACAAAAUGGGGAGGCCUUGCUCAGCCUGUCCGCCGAGUUAUGGAGGCAGCUGCAGCAACAACAUGUGCUCCGCUGGACUCCGAUCCAAUCGAGUGAGCUGGUUCUGAGCCUGCCACCUUGAUUCUGAGCUCUACGACAGCUGGAGGACUUGGGAGCAGGACUCAUAGCUGGAAACGACAGAAGCCACAUGGCACAGCAUACAGUGAAUUCUGAUAAUAUAGAAAUAAAUAUUCACACAAAGUCCUAGGCUACUUUCUCUUGACCUUUUGGUUUGGAUUCUCCUUCAUUUUACCUUUUACACUUCUCCUCGACACCUGCAGUUCCCAUAGUUUUGGAAUGGAAAAAGGUUUUUAAACUUCAUUGCACUGCAGGCCACAAUUCUGAUUUGUGUAUCCCUUAUGGGACUGCUUUUUGUGUGUUUGUGUGUGUUUUAAAAUAUACAGCUACCUAUGGAAGCCUUUUUCAUUUAAAUUAUACCUGUUAUGUCUCUGAUACUGUAUUUACAUGUUUUUUGUAUGUAGUAAAAAGCAACUCAUUUUCAAAGCAAAUUUGGUCAUUGCUGAACCCAGUAGAUCAUUUUCCAGGCAAGAGUUGUUUCUAAAUACCUUUCUUGCAUUUACUGUACCAUUUUUAAAGCAUGUGAUAUGUUCUCAAGGACAGAAUUCAUUAUCUGCCAUUCAAUGAGUCAUCUGAACCUCUUUGCAUUACUUGUUAACACUAGUCAAAUAUUUUUUAGCAUUUCAUGAAUACUUGACCAAUUUCUUUUUAAUAAAAAUGCAGUGUAUUAACCUA